GCCGGAUGGAGGGCGGGCUGGCGCGCCGCCCGCCGGGCAGGCCGGCCGGCAGGGAGGGAGGGAGGAGGCAGCUGCCGCCAUCUCCGGGAACCGGCGCGCCGGUCGCGAUCGGGGGCCUGGAGGCGGGCCUGGCAGCCGGGCCGGCCGAGGCGGCAGUGAGCCGGCCGUGGGGCAAUGAGGAGCCGCAGCAACUCGGGGGUGCGCCUGGACGGCUACGCCCGCCUGGUCCAGCGAACCAUUCUCUGCCACCAGAACCCAGUUACAGGGCUGCUUUCAGCCAGUACAGACCAUAAAGAUGCAUGGGUACGGGACAAUGUCUACAGCAUCCUGGCUGUCUGGGGGCUGGGGAUGGCUUAUCGGAAGAAUGCGGACCGGGACGAGGAUAAAGCCAAAGCCUAUGAGCUUGAACAGAAUGUUGUGAAGCUGAUGCGAGGACUCUUACAGUGCAUGAUGAGACAGGUAGAUAAGGUAGAGAAGUUCAAAUGCACACAGAGUACCAAAGACUGCCUCCAUGCCAAGUAUAACUCUGCAACUUGUGCCACGGUGGUUGGGGACGACCAGUGGGGGCAUCUACAAGUGGAUGCAACUUCCCUUUACCUGCUGUUCUUGGCACAGAUGACUGCAUCAGGGUUACGUAUUAUCUUCACCCUUGAUGAAGUUACCUUUAUUCAGAAUCUUGUUUUUUACAUAGAAGCUGCCUACAAAGUUGCUGAUUAUGGAAUUUGGGAACGUGGUGAUAAGACAAACCAGGGCAUCCCUGAACUGAACGCAAGCUCCGUAGGGAUGGCCAAAGCCGCUUUGGAAGCAAUUGAUGAACUAGAUCUUUUUGGAGCUCAUGGAGGACACAAAUCAGUGAUUCAUGUUCUUCCUGAUGAAGUAGAACAUUGUCAGUCUAUUCUAUACUCCAUGUUGCCAAGGGCAUCCACGUCAAAGGAAAUAGAUGCUGGCCUUCUCUCUAUUAUUUCUUACCCGGCUUUUGCAGUGGAGGAUCUAAACCUUGUUAAUGUAACCAAGAGUGAAAUCUUGUCCAAAUUGCAGGGCCGCUAUGGCUGCUGCCGCUUUCUCCGAGAUGGUUACAAGACACCCAGAGAGGAUCCAAACAGGCUGCACUAUGAUCCUGCUGAGCUCAAGCUCUUUGAGAAUAUUGAAUGUGAGUGGCCGGUAUUCUGGACAUACUUCCUAAUUGAUGGAGUAUUCAAUGAGGAUAAAAUUCAGGUACAAGAGUAUAGAGAGGCUCUGGAAGGAAUACUUAUUAGAGAGAAGAAUGGAAUAGUGCUAAUGCCUGAACUCUACGCAGUGCCUCCAGAAAAGGUGGAUGAGGAGUAUGAAAAUCCUCACUCAGUGGAUCGUGUCCCAGUUGGAAAGUUGCCUCAUCUUUGGGGCCAGUCACUGUACGUCCUUAGCUGCCUGCUAGCAGAGGGAUUUCUUGCUGCAGGUGAAAUCGAUCCCUUAAAUAGGAGAUUUUCCACUGGACUUAAACCUGAUGUUGUGGUGCAAGUAACUGUUUUGGCUGAAUCUAAUCAAAUUAAGAAUCUCUUGCAAGACCAUGGAAUCAAUGUUCAGAGCAUUGCUGAUAUCCAUCCACUAAGAGUGCAGCCAGCUCGCAUCCUGAGUAACCUCUACACCAUGCUCGGCCGGAAUAAGAACAUGAAAUUAAGUGGACGGCCACACCGACAUAUCGGAGUGUUAGGCACUUCCAAGCUGUAUGUGAUAAGAAAUCAAAUAUUUGCUUUUACCCCUCAGUUUACUGACCAGCAUCACUUCUAUCUGGCUCUAGACAAUCAGAUGAUUGUGGAGAUGCUGAAGAUAGAGUUGGCGUACCUCACUUCUUGUUGGAGGAUGACAGGGAGACCAACCCUGACAUUUCCCAUCACCCACACAAUGCUUGUUGAUGAUGGUACUGACAUUCAUCCCGCAGUUCUUGCCACCAUAAGAAAAUUAGAGGAUGGAUAUUUUGGAGGUGCCAGGGUGAAGAUAGGCAAGCUGUCAGAAUUUCUUACCACCUCUUUUCAUACACAUCUGAGCUUCCUGGAUCCAGACUGUGACGUAAAACUGUUACACGACUCUAAUGAAGGCCGCGAUAGUCCUGACAGUGAAUAUGGAGGCUAUUCAGCAGAUUUCUGUGAAAAAGAAAGCCAGGAUGAGCUGGAUCAGUACAUAAAUGAUGUCCUGCAGAGUACAGCACUGAAGUCAUACCUGCCUCCAACUUCAAAGACUGCAAAUCAACCACCUAUAUUCAGCGCAAACCAUUCCACAGAAGAGAUACUGUCAAUAAUGGCAAAGACGAAAGGCUUGGAAGUUCCAGCUGUGUCUAUGUCUCUUCCCACUAAAGUUCUGAACACACACCGGAAGUCUCUGAAUCUUGUUGAUAAUCCCCAUUUCUUUGAGGCAAAGGACCGUGGAAAUGUUUUACACUUACCUAAAGAUGCUCAUGGUGACUUGGAUUGCAGGAAGCUUGUUGAGCAGUUGAAGGAAUGUACAACGCUCCAUGAUCAAGCUGAUAUCUUAUAUAUCUUGCAUAUACUAAAAGGUGCUGACUGGGACACAGAGCUGGGUGGACAGUACGGUGUCACUGUUCAUUGCCUACUCAAUGAGCUCUACAGAAAGGCAGGCCUCAAUCAAGAAUGGGGUUUAAUCCGUUAUAUUUCCGGUAUUCUCAAAAAGAGAGUGGAAGUCCUGGCUGAGGCAUGCACAGACCUUCUGUCGCACCACAAACAACUUACAGUGGGCCUGCCACCAGAACCCCGCGAAAAAAUCAUUACCACCCCACUGCCACCUGAGGAGCUCAUAGAUCUGAUUUAUGAAGCCAGUGGCCAAGACAUCAGUAUUGCAGUCCUGACACAGGAAAUAAUUAUGUACUUGGCGAUGUACGUCCGGUCACAGCCUAGUCUUUUUGUGGAGAUGCUCAGGCUCCGCAUUGGUCUGAUAAUUCAGGUGAUGGCCACUGAGCUGGCCCGAAGUCUGAAAUGCUCAGGUGAAGAAGCUUCAGAGAGUUUGAUGAACCUAAGCCCCUUUGAUAUGAAAAAUCUCCUACACCAUAUUCUCAGUGGGAAAGAGUUUGGAGUGGAAAGAAGCUUGCGACCUGUAGAUUCCUCUUCAUCCAGCCCUGCGAUUUCUAUUCAUGAAAUGGGGCAUUCUGGAGCAACCAAAACAGAAAGAAGUGGUAUUACUAAAUUGAAGAGUGAGAUGAAGCAGUUCUUUCAUGAGGGCCGCUCCAUGUCCAGCAGCAUGUUUUCUUCCACGGGGAGCAGUACAAAAUUACACAUCCAGCUUCAGGUCCCUGGAAACUCAGUAUGGAAAAGAGGCAAAGGCAAAGAGACACAUCGCAUGCCUCAGAAUCAAGGGCAGUAACGAAUUAAAAUAGACCAACCUGAGACUGCGUCUUUCCAGUCUGAGCAGCACUGCUGCCCUAAGCUAUUUCAUAGAAUCACAGACUGGUUUGGGUUGGACAGGGUUAGGGGGAGGCCAGCCAGGCCUGCGGCAGCCUCAGGGCUGGUCAGGGGCACUGCCCACAAUAAUUAGCUGUGACUGACUCGGAGCACACAGUGGAGGGGCUGGUGGCAAAGGUAGACUGCAGGGCUGCACUGUCCCAUUCCGCCUUGUCCCAAGGAAACCAGGGUUGGAGGCGAGAUCCCACCAGACAUGGUGGUGUUUAUCCAUCAGGUGUGGGCCCUUUUUUGUUGCUCCACUGGAGUAAGGUGCAUAGCUCACAAUAAAUGUGUGCUCAAAUCGAACAGUCCGUAUUACCAACCAUUAAAAUUUUACUGCAAAUUUUGUUUGCACUAUUUAAGAUUUUUCUUUCCUCCCUCCCCUGGGCAGUAGAAGUAUGUGUGUGCAUGUUUGUUCAUUCAUCUGUCAAGUUACUGUAGACAGCAAAACGUAAGGAAGAGAGCAGUGCCCUCAGCUUAGGCUGCUGUUACAUCCUGGGAUGGUGAACUGGGAUGGGCACUUUGUUCUGUACUUUCCAGACUGUGAUUAAAUAAAGCCUAGCGUGUCUUGCGCCAUGAAAAUCUAAAGAGGGGCUGGGCUGGAACCUUUUCCUACCCAAAAAGCACUUUUGGCACACUGGAUGUACUAAGGCUGAAUUAGGUAAUGCUGUUUUCAGAAAGUGCCUGACCUGGCCAUGCUUCACUUCAUGUCCAUGAGUUUCUUUCCAACUGGGACAUGCAAGAGAUCCAGAUCUCCCCACUCCCCUCUCUCGGCAGGUGGAUGGGACUGGUAGGAACAGGAGUAUUGGCUGGCAGCCCAGGAGGGGCGUGGGGGCACUGGGCUUUUCCAUCUUGUUGUGUUCCCAACAUUCAGUUUCAGAAUUUGUCAGUUUACUUAGUAAAGCAUUCAUGCUUAACUAUAUGCAAGAAUAUUUAGGCUUGGUAGUAUCAAAAUUUGUUUACUUGGGGUUCUUGUUAAUUUCUGUGUUUUAAAACAGAAAUUCAGGAAGAGUGUGUUGUACUCAGUUCAUCUUCAGGAAGAGUGUGUUGUACUCAGAUGUGUGUAGGACUCCAAAAUACAGGCAAAAAGACACCACACUUAAAUGUUACUGUGGAAGCCAAAGCUUUAUUUAGUGAUCUAGCAUGGGUGACAUGAGCAUGCUGAGGCUUCAGCCUUUGUUGGGGUGACAAGUUAUGAUUGUUGCUUAGCUCCAAAUGCCAAGAAAUGCAGGGAAAAGUAACAAGUGGCAAGAGGAAACCUCGUGCAAGAGUAAACGCCAUUCAGCUAAGACACUCUGAGUUGUGCCUGUAAACUCUAAGGAGGAGGGUAGGUAGUGACCUGGAAUGUUGUAAUUCCACUGUGUCACGCAAGGAGCAGGAUUAAAAGCAAAACCCCUUAUUUUAACUAGAUGGUGAUUCUGCCUUGUUUUCCUCUCUGGGGCUGUUGUGCCUGUGGUAUCACUAUGGAGGAUCUGGUACGUUCCUUGUGGUCACCAGUGCUGUUUCUCAGCCAUUGCUAAGGGCUGCUGUCAGAAACAUGCCCAAGUUUCUCUUCUCAUGGGGCUGAAGGUGCAUCUGUGACAGUGUUCAUGGCUUAGACUUAUGGGGGAGAUGCCACCAAGUGGGAGGAUAAGUUGUACUGAUGUGGCAGUGACACAGUAAUACCAAAAGCAGUGGGUUUUCAUCUCCUUGGUCUCAUUACUAUCAAUCAAUCAGGUGUAUGUCACCCAAAAGGGACAAAAGAAAUGCUUACGCAGUGACAGCCACAAGUACCAUAUUGAGCCCAUUUAUUACCAGUUUCCCAGACUGCUUAUGAUUUCAAUGGGAAUGUGAGCUGCCAUCAUAGUCCACAAGAAGAUCUGCUUUUUCAUGAAUUUGCCUUUCUCUCUAGUCUAUGAACCACGUGAAAGGCCUCUAAAAACUCAUUGAAGUCAAUGUAGCCAUCUUUGUUGUAGUCUAUGCUGAGGACUAACUUGUCAAGGGAUUCAUCGGUUACAUCAAUGCCCAGGUGAGAAGUGAAGAGUUUCCAUGUGUGACGAAACUCCUCAAGGGAAAUCAGACCUAAAGGAGACAGGCAGAAGGUUGCUUUUUCCAGUGCUGUUUCUCCUCCCUGCAUUCACAAAAGCAUGCACGCACACACCUUUGCUGCAAAGAAGUUACCUGCCUACCAUAGCUUGGGUGUAUGUUUUGAUUUCAUGACUGAAGUACAUUUUCAGGUAAUGAUCUAAUGCUUUCAGCAGCAGAUUUGAGAACAUGUGAGAUAACUGGGAGUGGAAAGGAGAAAAAGCCCCCAAAAGAGCGAAGGCAGUACUGGAGAUGGGCUCUGUGAGAAUUUUUAAUCAAGCUGGGCUGUGUGCACUGUCCCUUAUAUGGUUACAGCCUGACUGCUUAAAUUAGUCUUCACUAAACUGGAAAAAUGACAUCACCUCUGGUUCCUCUAUAUUUGGAAGCCUUAAGGAGGAGACACAGUGGGGAAAAGUGACUGGUACAGGUUUUCUAGAACUGGCAUGGUGAGGUUACCUAGACCUACCUGAGUGAUCUUUGUCAAUGAUAUUAAAGAUGAUCUCCAGAUCUUUUCUGUAUCUGCACAGUGUUUCCACCAAAGCUGGCUGAACCUGGGUUUGAAAUCACAUACAGGAAACAAUUCAGUCUUUGGUUCGAGUUAGUCUAACCAACAGAAUAUGUACUAGCCAAUUCUGUCUUCCCAGUUUAACUUGUCGAAUGUUCAAAAUAAACCCCAAUCCUUGUGCUUGA